AGUUCACAAAUGUGUAUUUCGGUGCGGAAGUAGCUUGAUUGAAGCGCAUCAUGGAUCAUGAUACAGACACAGUGUUUUUAAACACAAACAUACCAUUUUAGAUAACAUCACGUUAAAGCACAUCAUCGAGAUCUGACCUACGUCGCAUGUGAGGCAUGUGCUCUCAGAAGCAAGCAAAUGGCUGACGCCUACCCUGUGCACGGCGCCGCUGAGCCGGGUACACAUCUGACAGGACCGGGGCGCUCCUUCCCCAUCGCCGUCGGUCCUUGUAAAUUCUAUCGCUGGUCUGCCGAUGUGGCCCCUGCCUCGUGUGGGCGGUUCUGUUCUUGUGGCAUCCACCGGCAGAAGGGGCGAAAAUGGCGGGACAUCUACCUGCGCCUGCACUCUGACUCCUCUCUAAGACUGUAUGAGUCGAGUAAAGAAAACGCCAACUUAAUUACUGUGGUCUUCUUGGAUGACCUCUACAAGGAUAUCUCUUUCGGCGAUGACCUGACGAACGUCAAGGGUCUGUCCCGUGUCCCCGACCCAUCAAACCGUGCGUGGGACGGGGUUCUAGCCGUACCCGACGAGCCCAACUGUAACAGUGAGAUCAACUGGCUCGACUUCGGCGCUAGGGACACCCUGAACAAAUGGCUGGUGGCUAUUUGCAGCUCCAUCCCGGCCAAGAAACUCCGAGGUUGGCGGAAGUCACGUGUCUUGCUGGACCAGCAUAAGAUCAUGCAGGAUAGAACGGCAGGGGACGCCCUGGGGAUUCAGGCUCAUAUCGACAUCUUCUUUCCUAGAGAUCAGAUCGUGAAGAUCCAUCACAUGGACAAUCUAGUUCCCAAAAGCUCGAAAGGAAAAAAAGACAGUGUGACUCGGCAUUCGUCAGCCCCGAAUAUGGUGUAAAGUAACUAAACAAAAUUAAAAACAGUAUAUUUUUUUUUCAAAUGUUUAAUGAGUAAAAUUAUAAACUAGGCAAUAAAAGAAACCAUCUUUAGAUUUUUUC